UUUAAUUGCAACUGAAGUUUCUUCGCGUGCGUGCGCAUUGUAAGGAGAUUGUGGACUUUUUAGCCAUUAAUUAAAUUAAGACUACAUCAUUGAAUAAAAACCACUAUUCAAUUGACUACAUUAACGAUGGCGAUUGCGUAAAUAUAAAAAAGUUGUACAGAUUUUGUAACUUUCAUUUUUGGAUGUUGCCGCCCUUCAAUCACAUCUGUUUACUUAUUGGUUAAUGGUUAAUUUAUUAUCAAUGAAAAUGUAAAAAGCGAUGUUAUGUUCACUGGAGGAAAAAUGUAUAAAGUACAAAAGCCAAUAUAAUGAGUGAGAGAAAGUUUACAAAAAGCGUUGGAAAACCGGGUACAGCGGCACAACUAAGAGAAACUGUAUCUCAAGUGGUUAAAGAAAGCACCGUACAAAAUAAACCUCAAUUAGUGGAGCCCUUGGAUUUUGAAAAUUUUAUACUUAAAAAUAGAACCUUUUUACAAAAUGACCCUCAACGGGAACUUCUUAUUUAUCCUUCUGAUGAUAUAUCUCAAAUUGUGUUACCUCGUCGGUACAGAACAACAUCUGCGAUCGUACCACCUAGUCACGAGAUAGAAAAUUGCAAUUUGUUUACUAGACAGUGCAUAAACACCUACUCGAGUAACUGGAAUCUCAUCCAUUAUAAGUAUUGUGUAUAUUCGAAUAGUUACGCAGAAUUGCCGAAAUUACAAAAUUAUGAUCUUAAAGAGGAAACUUACGAAAUUGAUAUUGACACGGAAGCAUUUGAAGAUGUUAAAAUGCCAAUGGAUGGAAUAACGAAAGAAGGGUAUUUAUUGAAAGGCCCAGAGAUCGGUAACGAUAGAAUGUUCUCGAAUAUUGGAUCAAAAAGUUUUAAAAGACGUUAUUGCUAUUUACGUCAGGAGGUAGAUGGUACAUACAUAUUGGAACUUUUCAAAGACGAGAGGAAAGGGGAUGCAAAGGUGACCAUUGUUAUGGACUUUUGUACUAGCGUGGUGAAGAAUCUCAAACGAGGCAGAUUUUGCUUUGAACUGCGUAUGACGGCGGGGCAUAAAUCAUAUGUACUAGCCUCCGAUACGGAGAAAGAGUUUAUGGACUGGUUAACGAAACUAAAUUCUGUUAUACAACAAAACAAACUUCAAGAAGAGAAACGAGCUGCUUCUUUGGAAAGGGAUCGGAGUACACCUCCACCAUCUCCACAGUCGCAGUAUGGCACCCUCAAAGGUUUGGAGCAAAGUAUGAAUCCACAAUUAAUGAAGUAUGCCAGAGAGACAGAUAUGAGUAUAGCACAUACGAGACGUGAGAAUCGUUUGAAGCUAUUUAAUCUCUAUCCCGUGACAUGUGCCAAUUUUAAAACGCCAUCUAUAGUUUCCUCGGAGCAAGUUGAGCCUUAUAGAGAAUUAUUUGGUCAUAGAAUUGUAGUAAGGUGUGAGAGUAUAAAUUUUAAAUUACAAGUGCCCAUAGACGAAAAAGAAACUUUGUGCCAGGUCGAACCGUACCAUACAACUUUGUGCCUAUUUGAUGCAAAGACUGGUAGAAAGUUAACCGAAAAUUUUCAUUUCGAUAUUAAUAGUUCUAACGUACAUUCUGUAAUGCCAAACGAAUUAAGUCGACCCACCGAGAAUAGUUCUGAAGACAAUGGUCUCUCUUACCACACCAAAACGGAUAUUCCCACUGGUGUACCGGACGAGUGGAUAAUGUACCCUAAGCAAGCCAUUUUAAGUGUUACGAAUCCUCAUUCGGAUAUCUACGUUGUUAUACGUAUUGAAAAAAUGUUGCAAGGUAGCAUUUGUCAGAGUUCAGAACCCUACAUUCGUGCCAGUAAGGAUCCCAAAUUGGGAGCAAAAGUACAUAAAAGUGUUUUAUCGUCGUGGCAAAGACUGGGUAAAUAUAGAAUGCCGUUUGCAUGGGCUGCAAAACCCUUAUUUAGGUUAUACAGUAAUGAAUUAGAUACAUAUCCAGAAUUUCCGACCAUAUUUAGACAAGAAGGAAAUAAGCUCUCCGAUGAGGAACUAUUGAAAUUUCUAAGCGAAUUUAGGAAACCGGAUAAGAUGAGUAAAUUGACUGUGAUACCUGGAUCUUUAAAGAUUAAAAUAUCUCCUUUAAAUGAGCUUCCGGAAAACUCAUUAACGACAGCCUUCUCACCUUUAAAACAAUUCCCCAUACCUCCCGUAAACGACCCGACAAUAGAAAUAACAGAAUUCGAAGGAUCUUCCGAAAAAGAUGUACAUCCGUACACGUCAUGUGUAAAUCACCUAUACCUAUAUCCUCAAUGUCUUAGUUUUGAUACUCAAAAGGUAUUUACGCGAGCACGAAACAUUGCAUGCAUAGUUGAAUUGCGAGAUUCGGAUCGGCGAGAGGCGAAAGCUUUACCGUGCAUUUACGGACGACCGGGUCAAAAGGCAUUAGUAGCCCAGGCUUCUUGUGCAGUACUACAUCAUAACAGUACUCCAAUGUGGUACGAAGAAGUAAAAGUGAGAUUACCUAUCAAUUUGCAAGCCUCUCACCACUUGUUAUUCACAUUUUACCAUAUUUCUUGUGACGUGUCAAAGAAGCGUGACAACGGGGUGGAACACUGUGUCGGAUACACUUGGAUUCCUCUAUUACAGAAGGGAAAAUUAUGUGUAGACACUCAGUCGAUACCUGUAGCGACCCAUCUUCCUCCCGGAUAUUUGUCGAUACAUCCGUUCGGAUUAGGAAAAGGAAAUGCCGGGCCGGAGAUUGCGUGGAUUGAUAAUCAACGUCCACUUUUUACCGUUAGUUUUAAUUUAGUAUCUACAAUGAAUACAAGGGACCAACAUUUGUAUAACUUAUUUACUCAAGCGGAACGUUUACUCGACCCCACGCUAUCGACACCGCCGAGUGAAAAUGAAACCUGUAAAAUAAUUAAGGCACUACACGCGAUACAUUUAACGACAUUAAUAACAUUUUUACCUACUUUACUAAAUCAGCUGUUCAUGCUUCUUGUUAUCACGAAAAAUGACGAAAUUGGUUUAAAUAUUAUUAGGGUUUUAAUCAAUUUGAUAAAUAUGGUAUGCGAUGCCGGUAGGAAGGAGGUUUUACAAAGUUACGUAAAAUAUGUAUUUAUACAGUCAAAUAGUACAAAGGACAGCACGGUGCACGAGGAAAUUGUUAAACAUUUGCCUACGAUUCUUCAUCCAAACAACACAGAUUUUUUGGUCGUAAAUAAAUUCAUGCACCAUUCGAGCUUCUUUUUUGAUAUUAUUAUUAAGGGAAUGGCGCAAUAUUUACUCACAACCGGACGAAUCAAAAUGCUUAGAAAUGAGAGGUUCUCCGCUCAAUAUUCUCAGCGAAUUGAGGCGAUGCUACAAGUUUUGAUUCCGUAUAUUCUCACAAAGUAUAAGGAUAUGCCUCUUGAAACUCAAGAGCUAAAUCGAGGCUUAGCACAUUUUUUAAAGAAGUGCCUGUCAUUGAUGGAUAGGGGCUUUGUUUUUCGAUUAAUCGGCAUGUACAUGGAGAAAUUCAAUCCUGGCGAUCCGCGAGCGUUACAAGAUCUCAAAUUUGCAUUUCUCGAAGUGAUAUGCUCGCACGAACAUUACAUCUCUUUUAAUCUUCCAAUACAACAUUCGAGAAUAAGUCCGAAAAGCCGCUCUCCCGACUACCUACAAGAAUUUUGCCUUUCCGCCGAAUUUUGUAAACAUCAUUUUAUCGUCUCUUUGCUUUUGUUGGAAAUAAAAACAUCAUUGAACGAAGUCGCGCAUAUACGUAAGAAUGCUUUAGGAAUUUUGAGAGAUCUUAUGGCAAAACAUGAACUAGAUGAGCGGUACGGGCGUAAGGGACAAAUGAGUCGUAUCGCAUUAAUUUAUAUUCCAUGGUUAAGUAUAGUACUUGAGAAUUUAGGUAGAUUGGACGUUAACGAAAAAUCAGAGGAUACAAAUGCCAGUAACGUAGCUAAUAGGAUCUCCUCCAGUAGUUCGUACUUAUUUGGCAAGAGUUCUGCACCAAGUGACACGCCUAGAAGCUAUCGAUUUACACUUCACAUAGAUAAGGAUGGUCCGACGAAUUUAAGAAAUUCCGCAUUUUUUGAUGCUAUAGCAGGACAAUCUGUAGUUAAUGGAAAUAGUUGUAUAAGUUUAGAUUCUGAUUUUUCCGGAGAUGCAAAUUCAAUUACCUCCCAAGAAACCACAAUUGUACGGGAAGCGAGAGAUGAUAGUACCAAGUCAGACUCAUACAAAAACGAAGAGAGCACGAGCCAUCGACGAGGUUUAAGCGUCACUAGUCCUCUUCUGCAGCGCUACGAUAAAUUUCAACAACACGAAGUCAAGGAUGUGCUGCUAUGCUUUCUGUUUAUAGUAAAGUACAUAGGUGACGAUCAGUUAGUGUCUUGGUGGCAACAGUGCAACGAUGGAGACACCGUUAACUUCUUUUCUGUAUUAGAAAUGUCGCUCAACUGUUUCAAAUAUAUUGGAAAAAGAAACGUAAUUGUUGCAAAGUCAUCGACAGGAGACGGUGCUAAGCCUAAACCAUUGAAAGCUCAUACUUUACCUGCACGAAUGAAUCCUCCCGAUUUUAAUGUGGAGAACACAGGUACGUUGGUUACGUACACUACUGUUAAUCGUGAAAAUUUGUUAAACACGGAGAACGAAGUGCAAAAGAAACAGCAAGCGAUUAUGGAGCAACAUUUGGCCAACGAAGUUGGAUUAAUCGUUUUGGACUGCUUGGGACUGUAUGCCGUUCAUUUUCGCAAUAACCUACUUAGCGCCGAGGGUGAUAAUACGAUAAUGAAGAAACUGUGUGACAUUUACCUAACAUUCCUACAAAUUGGCCAAAGCGAAUCGCUAUUUAAACAUGUCUUUGCCGCUAUUCGCGCUUUCAUCAAUAACUAUUCUGUCGUCUUAUUUAAAGGCAACGCAUUAUUGUGCGGUAGAUUGUGUUAUGAGUUGCUGCGAUGCUGCAAUAGUCGGCUAAGUUUAGUACGUCAAGAGUCCUGUGCCAUUCUGUAUCUGUUGAUGCGUAGUAAUUUCGAAUUUACAUGUCGCAAAGGACUCACUCGAGUGCACUUGCAAGUUAUAAUCUCGGUCUCACAAAUGCUAGGCAAUGUGAUUGGUCUAAAUAAUGCAAGAUUUCAGGAAAGCCUCUCACUAAUCAAUAGCUAUGCAGGUAGCGAUAAGGCGAUGAAAGGAACCGGGUUUCCGGGUGAAGUGAAAGAUUUAACUAAACGUAUUCGAACAGUAUUAAUGGCGACGGCUCAAAUGCGAGAGCAUCACCAUGACCCCGAAAUGCUAGUCGAUUUACAGCAUAGCUUGGCAAAUUCGUACGCGUCGACGCCCGAACUACGACACACUUGGCUCGAAACCAUGACAAGGCAUCACGUGCGGGAUGGAAAUUUUUCGGAGGCCGCAUGCUGUCAAUUACAUAUAGCCGCUUUAAUGGCCGAGUAUUUAAAAUUGAAAAAAAUUCAAAAUUGGGGCGCAGAAGCAUUUAGUUCCAUAUCAUCAAAUAUAACAAUCGACGAACGAGGACUUAAACUGGAUGCGGGCGCACAGGACGUGCAGUAUACUGAAUUUCUCCUCGUGGAACAGCUGGAAACUUGCGUGGAGUAUGUCGAAAAAGCAGAACGAUACGAACUUUUAGGAGGUUUAUAUAAAUUGAUUGUUCCGGUAUACGAAAAGAAACGUAAUUACGAUUUGCUAAGACAGAGCUAUCAGAAUUUAGCUCACAAUUACAGCAAAAUUGUUGAAGUGAAUAAAUCGGGAAAGAGAUUACUGGGCCGUUUUUACCGUGUCGGUUUUUAUGGUCAGGCGUAUUUUGAGGAAGACAAUGGGGUGGAGUAUGUGUACAAAGAACCGAAAGUGACCUCUCUUAGUGAAAUAUCGGAACGUUUGGAAAAGCAGUAUUCUGAUAAAUUUGGAGCUGACGUUGUGAAAAUGAUACAGGAUUCUGUGGCCGUUGAAGUGACCGUAUUAGACCCCAAGUACGCAUACAUACAAGUAACUCAUGUGACGCCAUAUUUUGAAAAGCGUGAUUUGGAGGAACGACAGACCGAAUUCGAAUUAAAUCAUGAUAUUUGCCGUUUCAUGUUUGAAACUCCAUUCACAAAGGACGGUAAAAUUCGUGGCAAUCCGGAGGAACAAUGGAAAAGGCGCACCAUUUUAAAUACUCAGUAUUCUUUUCCAUAUGUGAAGAAGAGAAUUCCGAUAUGCUCUAAGGGAAGUAUGGAAUUGAGUCCAAUCGAGGUGGCCAUCGAUGAAAUGCAAACGAGAGUGUCUGAACUUGAGGAUGUUGUCUUCUCAAGUCCCACGGAUAUUAAAAAACUUCAGUUAUUGUUACAGGGUAGCGUUUGCGUACAGGUAAAUGCGGGACCGUUGGUAUACGCCACUGUAUUUCUUGAUCCAUCCCUGAGCAAUAUGUAUGUGGAAGAAAAAGUCGAGGAGCUGAAGGACAUCUAUAGAGAGUUUGUCAAGAUUUGUUAUUCGGCUUUGCAAAUUAAUAACAAAUUGAUACUUCAAGAUCAGCAGGAAUAUCAAGAAGUCUUGCGGCAAAAUUACAAGAAGCUUUGCUCAUCAUUGUCCGUUCUAUUUGGAGAAUCUCUCUGGCCACACGAGGAGAUGGGGAGCUUUAAAAGAAACAGUAUGGCUCUCUUUAGUGCUAUUAGUGGAGCAUCGCACUCCUCCAGUGUAGCAUAAUAAUUAUUGAUAUUAAUCGUUACGUAAUUGUAUUUAAUCAUCUGUGAGACAUAUUUAUCAUAACCUGUACAGUAUGUUAUUGUGGAAUUGGCCUGACAAAGUAUGGUUCAAAAUUCAAAAGGGACACGUACCGCUGUUUCAUGCCAUGAUUUAAAAUGAGUACUGUCAGAGUAAAAAGUUAGGUACCUCACUUUCAACGCUUCACCCAAUUUUGAUAUGCAAAUUUUAUCAAUUUGAGUGAAUUUACUAAAUUAGUAUAGCAGACCAUAUUCAAGAAAACACAACUUUUCACACAAAUUUGAGAAUUAAAGACUUACUAUUUACUUAAAUGCAACAAUUCUUAAGUAUGCCUUGAUUCAUUUUUAUUAAAUAAUAUUGUUUAAUGGGAAAAUAAUUCUUUGCUGUUUAAUUCUCAUUUUUUUACCAUAAUGCAAAUGUUUUUACAGCAUAUUACGAAUUAAAAUGAGGUUAUGCCUUAAAUGUGCAGCCACUUCUUUUACGCUUGCUCAGCAAAAAGGAUACCUAGAGGAAUAAAAACAACCACUUUGUUUUUUUUCGAAAUCGUGUCUAAAAUUUCUACAAUUUUGAAUGAAAUUUUGAAACUGUCAUUCUUGACUUGUGACUAUGCAAGAGUCGUAACAUUUUAAAUUAUUCUGUCAAGUUAAAAGUAAAGCAAAAACUAUACGUCUUUCAACAUUAAACUGAAAAAAUACUUACUUGUUUUGUUCUUGACAACAGCUUUGUUGUUGAAGCACGUGUAGUUAAUUAAAAUGUUAUUGUGGUUUAUUGGUGUUUUUAUUAUACUUUUUGCAAGUUCAUCAACAAGAAUUCAAAUGUUUUCUAUUUCUACUGGUAAAACACAUCUCGCAUCAAAAUUGCAAUACAAUUCAAUCAAUUAUACAGACACGCCGUAUAUUUUAUUCUUUGAAUAUUAAUGUAGAUUAAUUUAUUUGAAAAUCCGACAUUUAAAAGAAAAACAAAGUGGUGAAUUUAGAGUUGUGGAACAAACACGGUAUUUGAUAAAGAAUGAAAAAUGAAAAAAAUUGGUCAAUUGUAGGUAUAGUGAACGUCAUCUUCUGUGUCUCCCAGGAAAAAUGCACCAUAGGGAAACAACAUUAAUGUAUUUUUUUGCGAAGGAUCAAGUGACCCUUUGGUAUGUAUUUCAAGUUAGCCUUCAACAUAUGUUAUUGCACUUGUUUAAUGCUAGAAAGAGAAUGAAGUAGUACGUUAAACGCUAAUUUCAGAGGCCUCGUGGAUCGUUUCCAAAAAAUAUAUUAACGUUUCCCUAUGGUGCAUUUUACCUGCGACACACUGUGCAUAGGUACAUACAUUUGAGAGACCUAAUUUCUGGUUGCAAAUAAGUCAGUUUUUACAGUUUUAUAAGGAAACCUGCAUAAUGAGGUGACUAAACAUUUUUAGUCUGAUUGUAGUUACCCAUUUUUAUUUACUCCAAUAGGAACAUAACCCUGUCAUACUUACAAAUUGAUGUGAAGUUAAUUCCACUAAUAACGAUUACACCACCAUUGGCAAUGCAUAAUCUUAAAGGUGUCAUUUCUUAUUUAAUAUUUGACAAUUCUAAUUACCCUCCGUAUGCCAAUCUAGUCUGUCGCAUCAUGUUUUUUUUAUACGGGGAAAGGUGUGUGUUUAUUGUCGUUAAUAAUACACAUCAAACUUUUUAUGUAGUUGUAACUGUUAGGCAAUUAGUGUGACAAAUUCAUUUGCUCUGUAUUUUAUUUGUAAAUGGAUAUUUUAAUUAAAUUUGUUAAUAAAGUUGAUACUUGAGAUGCAAUAAUUGCAUUGUAAUGUUAUAAUAAUCGGUUAAAAGUUAACGGUACGCGCCGUCUCAAAUUUCGUUAUGGUUUAUACCUAGUCACGUUUGGGAAAAAUGUAUUACUUUUUCUAAAUUUGGGUAGAUAUUUUUUCUUAGCGUGACUGCUGAGUAGGUAAUUUUAUGUUGAUUUUAUAGUGUUUAAUGUGGG